ACGACAAUAAGAAAAAUCUACUUAUUUCUUAUGUCAUAUCAUCCCAUCACCUCAAUAAGUAACCAGCUUCACCGACCGGAAAUUUUCUACAAAAAGAAAGGAUGCGAACCAAGAAGAAUCAACAAGAAAGCAAAAGAAAUCGAUGAUCAUCUCGGUGAAACACCGUCCGUCCACCUACCUAUCCCAUCCGCUUGUCCAUCCUGCAUCAUGACAAGGAAAUCCGAGGGAAAGGAGGUGGCUCGGAUAAAAGGGUUAUUCACACCGUUCUAUUGUAAACAUAAGCUCUUCCAAUCAUGGAGUACCAACCCCCAAGGUAGUAUACUGGAAUAUCCAAGUAUGUACGUAGUAUGUGUCAUGGACAGCCAAGUCCGGUGUGCAGACGUACGCGGACAUGCAUAUCCGGAUGCAUUUGUUUCUGUAUCUGUUUGAGUGAAUGUAUGCCUGUAUGUAAGUCGGCUCGGUUAGAGAAGGAAGGGGGCUGGUGGUGGUCGGUGGGGUGAUAAGGAUAUUGAAGGUAUCACCAUUGUCCUG